AUGGCGGGCCUAUUCAACGCCGCCAUCAAGUCGCUCAGCACCGCAUCCCUCUCCUCCCAAUACGCCCUCUCUCCACAACCAAUCUCGUAUUCCGGCCCUUGGAAGAUAUACGAUGCCAAAAGAAAGUCGACCGGUCAAGCGUGUAGCGCCUUCGUCUUCGAAAGAAGUUCUCUUAAUGCUCCAGGGCAGUCUUCCCUAAGAUCAAAUCACGGUCUUAAAGCUGCCCAGGAUGAAGUCAUCGACCGCCUAAAAAAGGAAGUCGGCCUGCUGGCCAGAUUGCGACAUCCAAACAUUCUGGAACUCGUCGAGCCUGUCGAGGAAACCCGAUCUGGAUUGAUGUUUAUUACCGAAGUCGUCGUUGGUUCCUUACAAUCCGUUCUCGACGAUAAGAGCAAAACUGGCGAUGCUAGACAUAGGAGGCGUCAGGACGUCGAUAUCGACGAGCUCGAAAUCCAAAAGGGUCUACUGCAGCUUGCCAAGGGCCUCGAAUUCUUACACGAAAGUGCCGGCCUCGUCCACGGCAAUCUAACCCCCGAUGGUAUCUUUGUCAAUGCGAAGUCUGACUGGAAGAUCGGGGGUCUGGCCUUCUCAGCAUCCCAUCGGGGUGAAACUACAACUGCAUCCUCUUCGCCCUCACCUUCGCCUUCUCCAUUCCCCGUGGACCUCGUCAGUCUCGCCUCCCAGCAUGACCAGCGCCUACCCUCAUCCGUCCAGCUCAAUCUCGACUUUUGCUCUCCAGACCUUCUCCUCGACUCAUCUGUCACUCCUGCUCUCGAUCUCUUUUCCCUCGGUCUACUAAUCAUAUCUAUCUACAAUUCUCCCCACGAGUCCCCGCUCAAAGCUCAUAACUCACCAACGAACUUCAGGCGUCUCUUCAAUGCUUCUUCUUCAAUUCCUAACCAAUCCAAUAACUUCCUCUGCAGCAAGGCUAUUCCACAAGCGCUCGUGGAUGACGUUCUCCCCCGGCUGAUCACACGUCGGCCCGUGAAUCGCCUUACGGCUAAGGAAUUCCAGGAAGCGGGUUAUUUCGACAACAUUCUUGUCUCCACUAUCCGGUUUCUGGACAACUUCCCCGCCAAAUCUGCAAAUGAGAAGAAUGCAUUUAUGCGAGGGCUCCCCAAGGUCCUACCUCAGUUCCCGACAGGUGUUGCUCAGAGGAAAAUCUUACCAAUGUUGGUCGAAGAGUUGAAGGACAAGGGUGAGCUUUUACCUUGGACGCUCGCAGCCGUACUCACUCUUCUCGAGGGAUUACCCGCUGGGAGCCGUCUCAUCGGUGAGAAAGUACUACCGGCCUUCCGGGCAACAUUUGACUUGGGGAAGAAGAAAGAUACUGCGACAGAAGUAUCUUCAUCUGCUCCCCGUCCGGGUACCGAGCGUGACGGGCGGGAUGCAGCUCUAGCCGUUAUGGUUGAACGCCUUGCCGUUCUUAGGGAGAAGUGUACAAUGUCGGAAUUCAGAGAUGAUAUUGUUCCCCUUUAUCUUCUAGCUUUAGACUCUCCUACGUCCCAUUUACAAGGUCUUGCGCUGAAGUCUCUUGGACAAGUACUACCAAAUAUCACAUUUAACAACGUGAAAACCGAUAUAUUCCCUGUUGUCUCUACUGUAUUUGCCAAGACCUCGAGUUUAGGCAUCAAGAUUGCCUGCUUUGAAGCUUUAAGGGUGCUAUGCGGUGGCAGUAUAAGUACUGACGAUGGGCUUUCUGGGGAAAUCAAAGGAAACGACGGCAGCUCAGUAUGUUUGGAUAGAUUUACUGUGCAAGAGAAGGUGGUGCCGUUGAUCAAGGGUAUUAAAACCAGGGAGCCGGCUGUCAUGAUUGCGGCGCUGGAUCUCUACAUGCAGAUAGGAUUACUCGUGGAUACAACAACUCUAGCGACGGAAGUUAUCCCCUCGUUGUGGGCUCUGGCGUUAGGGCCGCUUCUCAAUCUCCGGCAGUUCCAACAAUUCAUGACGACGAUUAAGCAGUUGUCAAAUAAGGUUGAACAAGAGCAGCUGGGAAAGCUAGCUGGUACUGCGACUGCGGAAGCAAACUCUCCGGCGGUGGAAUUUGGUGCAGGGCCAAUAAAUGGAGCGGCCAAGAAUGGGGCCACGCAUAAACCAGUAGAGGCCGAAGACUUUGAAGAACUGGUGUUUGGGAAGAAGUCUGCUGUUGGUAGUGAUCGGGGUGUAUCUCCUGACCCUUGGGCAUCGGCUACCGUUACAUCUCCUGGACCAAGCAAACCGAUAUCUGCACCAAAGAAAGAGGCUCCAGCCUUUUCAUGGUCUACACCAGCGCCAUCUACGUUUUCGCCGCCGCCGCCAGCACCGACAAGUAGGAACUCGAUUACACCAGACCAAAGCCUAUCUGGGUUUGGUACUUUGCAACCAAACAAGCCUGGUUCCUCGUCUAUGGGGAUGUCACAAACGCUACAGCCGUCGAGACCUGGUAUUGCCAAUUCGAAUAGCUCUGGUCCUGUCAUGGGCGGCCUAGGCCUUGGAAUGGGAAAUCUUGCUAUUGGGAAUACCUCGGCGCAGAACAGUCAUGCGAACUCGUCGAUGCAGACGAUACAACCGGCACGGCCUUCUGUACCGCAACAAUCACAAAGUGCAGGAAACAUAGAUUGGAGUUCGGCCUUGAAGAAACCGUCAUUCCCUAGCAAUCCACCGGCGACUUCCACGGCGAGUAGUAACAACGGAUGGGGGGUUACGCAGCAGAAACAAGAGUCGCAUCCGACGAUAUUGUUCGGACAGACGAGGCAACAAGCCCCACCGCAGAAGCGGACAGAGUUCUCAGGAUGGGGCAUUGCGCCUCCACCUAGUGCGCCUGUUCAGCAGGCACAACCGCAGCAGGCGCAGAGACCGGCGUUUGGUGGAGGGUUCGGGCAGCAGCAGCCUACGAGUUCAAUGGGUAUGGGUAUGGGUGGCAUGGGCAUGGGCAUGGGUAUGCAAGCUAUGCAGCCCAUGCAGCCCAUGCAGCCGGCAAAGAAUGCGGGGAAGUCUGGACUCGAUGCGUACGAGAGUUUAUUGUGA